GGGCGGCGGCGGCGGCGGGCAGCGGCAGGAUGUUGGGGCAGCAGCAGCAGCAGCUGUACUCGUCGGCCGCCCUCCUGAGCGGCGAGCGGAGCCGGCUGCUCACCUGCUACGUGCAGGACUACCUGGAGUGUGUGGAGUCGCUGCCCCACGACAUGCAGAGGAACGUGUCUGUGCUGCGGGAGCUGGACAACAAGUAUCAAGAAACGUUAAAGGAAAUUGAUGAUGUCUAUGAAAGAUACAAAAAAGAAGAAGAUUUAAACCAGAAAAAACGUCUACAGCAGCAUCUCCAGAGAGCACUAAUCAAUAGUCAAGAACUGGGAGAUGAAAAAAUUCAGAUUGUCACACAGAUGCUCGAAUUGGUAGAAAAUCGGGCAAGACAAAUGGAGUUACAUUCACAGUGUUUUCAAGAUCCUGCUGAGAGUGAAAGAGCCUCAGAUAAAGCAAAGAUGGAUUCCAGCCAACCAGAAAGAUCUUCAAGAAGACCCCGCAGACAGAGAACCAGUGAAAGCCGUGAUUUAUGUCAUAUGACAAAUGGGGUUGAAGACUGUGAUGAUCAGCCACCUAAAGAAAAGAAAUCCAAAUCAGCCAAGAAAAAGAAACGUUCCAAGGCCAAACAGGAAAGGGAAGCUUCACCUGUUGAGUUUGCAAUAGAUCCCAAUGAACCUACAUACUGUUUAUGUAACCAGGUGUCUUACGGGGAAAUGAUAGGAUGUGACAAUGAACAGUGUCCAAUUGAAUGGUUUCACUUCUCAUGUGUUUCACUUACCUAUAAACCAAAGGGGAAAUGGUAUUGCCCAAAGUGCAGGGGAGAUAAUGAGAAAACAAUGGACAAAAGUACUGAAAAGACAAAAAAGGAUAGAAGAUCGAGGUAGUAAAGGCCAUCUACAUUUUAAAGGGUUAUUUGUCUUUUAUAUAAUUCGUUUACUUUCAGAAAAUGUUUUAGGGUCAAUGCAUAAGACUAUGCAAUAAUUUUUAAUCAUUAGUAUUGAUGGUGUAUUAAAAGUUGUUGUACUUUGUCCGUGAUCUUAAUUUUCUGCACAGAAUUACCAAAUAUUUUAAACCAGGUAGUCUUCAGAUCACCUGAUGAAAAGAACAGGGAAUUAGGGAGAGGGUGGUGUGAACAUUAUAAAAACUUCACAAACUAUGCCUAUUUCAUUUUCACUUAAAACCGCAGUGUUAUUUUUUGGGCAAACACCAAAGUUUUCCUACCAUUGUAGUUCUACAUACUUAAAAAAUCUAGAUAUAGUUGGAUUCUCUGUAAGCAUCAAAUUAUCUUGGAUAAUUUAAAAUACGAACACUAUCCCAUUUAGAGCUUUUUUCUCCUUAGUUCCAUUUAUUCAUGUACUUGCUCAUCUCUAGUCUUCCAGGAGUUUAAGGAACUGGAGAUAAGAAUCAUUUGGGAUUCCAUGUGGAAUAGUGUGCUCUUACUAGAGUAUUUGCUGCUGUUUUUUCCUUGGUAGCAUUUUGAUGCACUGUCAGUACCCCAUUUGUCCGGCCUUGCUGCUGCUUCAUAGAUACGUUUAAGUGUUUAAUAAAGGGAGUUGUUUUUUGUUUUGCUUUGUUUUAAUUGGGACAGUUAAGAGUCGUUAGAAUACCAGAAACACUGCCAUUGGUUUAUGCUGGCAAAAUUUAUGUUAUGCAGUAUCAUGGUUCAAGGUUGAGAAUCUUAUUUAAUAAUUUUUCCCAUGUGACCCACUGCUGGGAUAUCUAGCCACAGUCCUAUUAGUGAGAAAGGGCAUAUAUUAGUCUUUAAAUACUGCGUUUCUGUCAAACAGUUGUUUUAAAUACUUUUUCUAGUGGUGAUAGUUCAUUUCUGUCCCAAUUAGUGAUUAUAUAUUAUUUUAAUUAAUAGUGUAUUUACCUUCAUAACUUUCUGGUAUUGGUGCUGUUUGAUGUUUUCACCUUGAGUGAACUUAUUUCAUUAUAACAAUGCAAUUAAUAAUGUAUUUGUAAAUUGAAUUUUCCAAGAUUCUAGUAUUUUAAGGAUCAGCACUUGACAGAUACACCUCCAUGUGUUUGGAUUUUCUUUUGUUGUUGUUGUUCUUUGCCGGGUAGUGGACUGGCUGCCCCUUAGAUCUAUGUGUAACAUGUUUUCUAUUCCUUGUUUCUUCCUAAUCUGAUGAUCUUGAUUAUUAAUUAACAUUUAAAAAACCCUGUCUGCUUACUCUCCUGUGUGACUCUUAGGCAUGUCAUUUCAUCUUGUCUGAGUGUCAGGUCACUUAUUUGUAAAAUGAGGUUGGCUUAAGUAUCUCCAAGGCUCUUUUCAAAUCCAUCAUAUUUGCACUGUAGUGAGGAUUUUAGGAAUUUAAUAAUGAGAUGACUCAUUUUUUUCUUUCAUUAAUUUUGUCCUUCAGUCCAAGGUAUGAAAACCGAAGUUUAAAGGUGAGCUUAGGGACAGGGUAAAUAUACAAUAUUUGAUUAGUUUGUAUCUUAAGGAUAUUUUGAUUGAUGACUAGAGCCAGUUGAUUAUAUUCUUGAGCAAGAAAUAUUGGGCGGCGUGACUAAGAAUUUAUUUUAUUGUAAUUUAGUUGAGUUGUAAUGUAAAGAAAUCCUUUUCUCUCCUGAGACAAUAACAUUUUGUUUGACUGAUUGUGGCUGUUUACCUGACACCAUUAAAAUAUCAUUGUGUCCAAAGCCUCCAAAA